AUGAUCAUAACCACCUACCUCCUCUCCCUGCUGGAUUGGCGGUUUGCCAUCUCAUCGCUCUUCUUCUACAUCUCCUUCAUUGUCGUCAGACGGAUAUGGUUCCACCCUCUGUCGUCCGUUCCGGGACCCAAGCUCGCUGCUGUAUCGAAUCUUUACGUCGCAUAUUGGGAUGUUUAUAGGAAUGGCACUUUCCUGCGCGAUAAGAUGCCGCAGCUGCACGCACAAUACGGACCGGUGGUGAGGAUCAGUCCGACGGAAGUGCAGAUUCAUGGCGAUCCCGAGUUGUUCCAUCGUGUGCACUCCAUGCAAACACAAUACAUCAAAGACCCUUCCUUCUACGAUUGCAUCGGCGUGCCCACCGCAGCCUUCGGAACCAUCAACCCACACGUCCACCGUGCCCGCCGCAGCAUCCUCAACCCCAUGUUCUCCAAGCGCCGCAUCACCGAGGCCAGUGCCAUCAUGGAAGGUGUAGUCCAAAAGUUCUGUGGACUCCUCGACACAUUCUGCGAAGAUAGCCGGCCCGUGCCCCUGUCCAACGCCUUCUACUGCGUGACCGUCGACAUCAUCAGCACAUUCACGUUCGGUACCCCUUGGGGAAUGCUCGAUGAGAAGGACUUUACUGGCGAGUGGGUUGAGGGUGUGCUCUCUUUUACGGGAAUGCUCCAGGCUAGAAUUCAUUUCCCCAAGGUCCUUGGAAUUAUGGAAACACUGGGGAAUAUUUUCCCUUCACUCACGCCGUUGGUGUUCGUCAAGCUCCUUCAGGAAUGCAACCGCUGCGUCAAACUCGCGAUCGACCAGGACGCCAAAUCCAAAGCCGCCGGCAUUCCACCCAAGGAGCGACCCGAGACCAUCUACGACGCGCUGCUGAACCCCGUUUCGUCCAAGGCGCAGCGCCCAUCCGUCGAAGAGCUCGUCAGCGAGUCGAUAUCCAUGGUCACUGCCGGCACGGAUACCAGUGCUACCGUGCUACAAUGCUGCGUAUGGAACAUCCUCACUCGCACCGAAGUCCGCGAAACGCUUCUCGACGAGCUGUCAACUGUCCGCAGGGACACGAACGGACUGCUGCCGCUGAAACAGCUCGAAGAACUCCCGUACCUCACCGCCUUCAUCAAGGAAACCCUCCGCUUCAACACGCCGACGCCAGCGCGUUGGCCGCGCGUGGUCCCCUCGGGCGGACUGACUAUCUCGGCCUCGAAACCCGGAAGAGCCACGUUCCUGCCAGAGGGCACCUCGAUCGCCUUCCACAUCGACCUGCUCCACCGCGACCCGCGCAUCUUUACCCAGCCUGAUGAGUUCCUGCCCGAGCGGUGGAUGGGACAGAGCGGGCGCGAGCUCGACAGGUGGUUGCUCUCGUUCAAUAAGGGUGACAGAGGGUGUAUUGGAAUUAAUCUCGCAUACGCCGAGAUCCAGCUCGUGAUCGGCAACCUUUUCGGGCGCUUCGAGCUCGAGCUAUUCGAGACCACGGAGAAGGACAUGGAGAUGGUCGACCACUUUGUUGGGCACCUGGUGGGCCGCGUCAAGGUGCUGGCCAAAAAGCGCGUGGUCGACGAGCACAUGGUGUAA